AUGGAACCACCAAUUCCACCUGACCACCAUUUCGCUCCAGUUGAUCCAGACAUUGGUGUUCUCCGCGACCCGUAUGAAGAGCGCUUCGACGAUCGCUUCGUCGAAGAGCCUGCUUUUGUUGAAGAGAGGGCGCCGAGUGUCCAGCAACGCUUUGACAGAAUGACAAUGGAAGAUAACCCAGAAGAGAUGCGCCCUCGCGCGGAACGGGUUCGAUCUGCUGACGUUUUACCUACCUCACAAGAUUAUCUGUAUUAUCGCCUAUCCAAGCGCGGCGACGAUUGGAGCUCAUGUGUCAAAAAGCCCAUCAAUGCGCCGGUGGACGAGAUUGAGCGGAAGGCCAGGAGGGGCAAAGGUGGCGAUGGUCCGGUGUUAGAUCAGCUGACUCGUAUGCCCACACUCCGCCGAAGCAUGCUUGAUGAAGUGGUCCGAAAAACCAAUGACCAGGAGGCAGCAGAUGCCCGUUGGGAAGUGGUCUAUAUCAAGUCCAAAAGAGUACAGACCAGAAAGGGCAGAAUGGAAGUUCCGGAGAUGGAUGUCAUUCUGGCCCGAAGUAGAGACAGGUCAAGGUCAAGGGCCAAGUCAUAUGGUGGCGAGAAGGUGAGAAAAGUUGAAGCCGUCCGAGAGAGGAGACACGCCAACGACAACUAUGGCCGUGCAAGGAAAGAUUCGGUUCUCGACAAACUGGAGGACCCUGUCGCCAACCUGCCGCUUUUUGAGGCGGACGGAACUCCACGAGACGAACUUGGUCCCAUGCACUUCAAUAACGCCAACCUUCCACCAUACAUCGCGAGAGAGACGCCAUUGGGGUCCAAACCCGAGCAGAAGAAGGACAAGGCGGAGAAGAAGCGCAGCAAGUCUCGCAGCAAGUCGCGAGAUAGGGGUGCUGUUCAUGACGAAGAUGGUGUCUAUGUGGUGCCUGAAGUGCAAGAUUUUGCCACCGAUGCCGUGGACCCUGCUCCUGUGGACGCCGUAUUUGUUGAGGGCACAGCUGAUCAUCGUGGCCGUCGAGGACAGUCACCACAUGAGCACCCGGUAGUCGUUGUCGACGGGGAAGCCCGAAGAUCUCAUUCUCGACACAGGGUGCCGGUGGAGACUCGUUCCAAGUCUCGGCGCCGAGAGUCUGUACAUUUUCCAAACCAGCAUACUCAGCAGUAUUUUGAUGGGGGGUAUGCCUCCUCGGAAAACAGUGAUACUAGCCACUAUGGCUUUGUCGCCGAGUACGCAGAAAGCUCCAAUACCUCCCUCGGCACGCCUGGAGGGGUGCCUCGCCGAGGAAGCCUGGUGUAUAGCCAGAGUCGUCCCGACGUUGUGUAUAAGAAGCACCAUCCUGGCCCAAGCAGGAGACAGUCCUAUGUCGAACGACCAUAUCAUGGUGAGCAACAGGUUAUCGUGCCAGCCAUACCACGUCGAAACUCUUACGUUGUGUAUGACCAACGGCCAUCUGAGACGCGCCACGAACGUCAUCCCCGACUCAUGAGGCAAGCGACAGCGCCCAUCCCCGAAGAUAGGCAAAUCAUCCACCGCGAUUUGACUCGACGAGCGAGGGAGCCGGAUUUCGUUCCCAUUCGUCGGUACACCACUCAUGAGUCAGCCAUGCCAAUUGUUCACUAUCACCAUACGGAGGAUGAACACGAUGUUUACAUUCGCGAUGAACUCGACCGCCAAAGUGUCCGAGUCGAGGACUAUCAGCGCGAUCGGGUCCUCGAGGAUCAUUUAAGUCGACGCGAACAACAACUGACUGCUCGUGAGAGGGAGCUGGAACUCCGAGAAGACGAGCUAAGGCAGGCCAAGAGACAGCGCGAGGUGACAGGAGAACGAGAAUAUUACGACGACAGAGAUCUCCGGAGAGAGAGGAGGGAGACCAGAAAGCUUUAUUACGAUGCAAGAACAGGGGAGCACUUCUUCUACAAUGAUUAG